AUGGAUCAAGACCGCCUCAGCCAGAUCGAAGCCAGCUUUGCUCACCUAUGGGGUCAGCAGCUGCAACCAUCAGAGAAGACAGAUCAGCCUCCCAAACGACACAAAGCGAACCCGCCGAAGCACCACUCCGGUCAGCAAAACGCAGAAAAGGGCAUGAUGGCAAUUGUUCGCAGCAUGGCUAUUCUCGCCAUCCGUCACGAGGACAGCAUCAACAGCCAGUUGACCGAAAGCAGCUACGUAUUGUAUUUAAACCAGGCAAGCGGCCUGACUUCUCUACUGGUGAAGGCCGGACAGGCCUGGAGCGAGAUCAUGAAGAAGGGGGAAGCUCAGGUUCCGCUUCGCUGCCACCUCACGAAGGAACUUGCCAAUACCAUGCUGCACCGCUUCACCGAGUUCCAGAAGAUGAAGGAGGAUCCCAAAGUGCGGACGGGGGCACUCCAAUCCUUGUUGAUUCUGGAGACCGGAGAGUUCCCUCACCUGAAGUGGGAUGCAAAACGGAAGAAGACAGUGGUAGACACCCAACCUGCCAUGAAGAGCAUCGAGAUGGAAGCGCGGCUGAAACAACUUCAGGAGCUCCUAUCCCAUCCUUCGAAUGUCAUUCGAUUUCACGCUCUGAUGAACCUCUCGCAGCAGAAGGAGGUGGUUCCAUGGAGACUACAGGGUGCGCCCGCACUCAAUGCAGAGAUCAAAGCUGGCACAAGAUCUGCAGGACUUCCUCAAGGGAAAAGAGAUCUCCUGAUCCAGACUGACGAGGACAAGCCAGACCGAAAUGCUCACAUGAUUCAAGGGGUUAUUGCAAAGAUCAUGAACACCAUGGGAUUUGCAAACAACGAUGGGAUUUGGUGCUAUCUCAAUGCAGGGCUUUCGUGCUUUCUUUGGGUGAGCAGCCAACGCUCCAACUUUGCACUGGCUGACAUGGGGAAGCUGGCAACAUUGCUGCCUGAUCUCUUAUCGCAUAUGCUUGCAUACGGACCUCAGCAAUUGGUGGCUUUGGCCGAUUUGCCACCUCUGAAGCCUCUUUUGCAAGCUUGGGGAAACCUUGAGCUUCAGCACGAUGUUGCAGAGCUUAGUACGCAUCUUUUGGAAUGGUUCCAAAGCAAGAUCAUUUGCUUGACAUGGAAAAGGACCUUUUUGCAACACGAUCAUCCACGCAUUGAUGAUACUGGCAGUCCAUAUCAGGUUCCAAGUUUUGAUAACCUCACUGAACUGGAUGCUCAGGCGCUGGACUUGAACUACUUGCUCGCUGGGAACGAUGGCAUACCGCCUUUUCUGAUGUCACGGCCUACUGAUGAUUUCACCUCAAAGGUGGCGUUGCUUUGGCUUCUUCCGGAGGCCCACGCGAGUCGCAUCAGAGAUCUGACCCUGGACGCUCGGUUUGACCCCAUUGAUCUCAACAGAGCAUUCCCUGAGACACCGUCAGACGAGGAAGACAACGACAUGUCGCCACACGAUCACCCUCCGUCUAUCCCACUGCCAAUUGAGACACCACAGCUGACAGCAUGGUGGCCUGCUGUGACACAGGCCUCGCGAUCAGAAGCUCCGGACGCAUCUCACGAGGCCACACUGGAUACCACACCGGUUUGGUCCUCAGAACCUUCUGACCCGCCACCAGUGAGCUCAGUCCAUGCUCUUUCCCUCGCACCUGAUGGUACAAGCGAGGACCAUGUGUCCAGAGCAGUUGAUACCCUGAUGAACCUCACCAGCAAUCCAGAAGAAGCCGCUGCAUUGGCAUACGUCUUGGAUCGCAUCCGAAACACGUGA